GAUAAUGUUAGGGCUCUUUGAUAGUUACGCAACUUAAAAGAGGGAUGGGGGAUCCAAUGAUUUUAUAUCCAUUUUAAAACCAUGUCUUCGCUUCCCGUCGAGUCACCCCCAAACCAGAGUCCGCUGUCCCCCCGAAGACUGUGUGUGUGUGUGUGUGUUUGAACGGAGAGAGAGAUGACGACGAUUAGAAGAUUCUGCUGCAACGAUCUUCUUCGCUUCGCAUCCGUAAAUCUUGAUCACCUUACCGAAACUUUUAACAUGUCCUUCUACAUGACCUAUUUGGCUCGAUGGCCUGACUAUUUCCAUGUUGCCGAAGGUCCUGGAAAUCGAAUCAUGGGCUACAUUAUGGGAAAAGUUGAAGGGCAAGGUGAGUCUUGGCAUGGUCAUGUCACUGCAGUAACUGUUGCUCCAGAAUACCGAAGGCAGCAAUUAGCUAAGAAAUUGAUGCACAUGCUAGAAGACAUUAGUGACAAGAUUGACAAGGCUUACUUUGUUGACCUUUUUGUAAGGGCAUCAAACACUCCAGCCAUAAAGAUGUAUGAAAAGCUUGGGUAUGUAAUAUAUAGACGAGUGCUGCGCUAUUAUUCUGGGGAGGAAGAUGGAUUAGAUAUGAGAAAAGCAUUAUCUCGGGAUGUUGAAAAAAGGUCCAUUAUCCCUCUGAAGCGGCCUGUUACUCCCGAUGAACUGGAGUAUGAUUAAAAGUUGCACUGUUUAGAACCACAGCCAACGAAAUUUGAUGGAAGUUUUCUGUGUGGUUGGGACUUGAGGAAAUGCUAGGGAUGGACAAUCAAGGCUGAUUUUAGAAUUUGUGUCACAGGUGAGGUAUGAAUGUGCAUGUGCAGGAAUGUGUCUGCUUAUGUCUAGUUUCUGCAUUGCAGUGGAGGUGGAAUACCCUUUUAUUUGUACUGUUGACUUUCAUUUAGGAUAACAUGGUUUAUCCUUGGUAGAGGAUGAUUUAUUAUAUCUUCAAUGUUUAUGAACUAAUUCUUUUUGCAUGUCUCAAUAGCAUACAUAUUAUCUAUUUUGGAA